AUGGGUCGUGUUUGGACCAAGACCGUGAAGAAGGUGGCGCAAGUCAUCAUUGAAAAGUACUACACCUGCCUGGGCAAUGACUUCCACACCACCAACAAGUGCGUGUGCGAGGAGAUCGCCAUCAUCCCCAGAAAGAAGCUCCGCAACAAGAUCGCGGGAUAUGUUACUCAUCUGAUGAAGCGGAUCCAGAGAGGCCCUGUGAGAGGUAUCUCCAUCAAACUGCAGGAAGAAGAAAGAGAAAGGAGGGAUAACUAUGUCCCAGAGGUCUCUGCUUUGGAUCAGGAAAUUAUUGAAGUGGACCCUGACACCAAAGAAAUGUUGAAACUCCUGGAUUUUGGCGUUUGUCCAACCUGCAAGUUACACAGCCCACAAUUGGGAUGA